AUGGUUGUUCUCUACUAUAUUCCAGUAUGGUUCCAGGCCAUCCAGGGCGUUUCUGCCCGCGAGUCGGGUGUCCGACUGUUGCCGAUGGUCCUGGCCCUAAUUUUCUCCGGCGUGUCUGCGGGGAUUGGGGCGUCCAUUGUUGGAUACCUUCCGCCAUUCAUGAUCGCUGGAACAAUAUUUGCUUCCAUUGGAGCCGGCAUGCUUUACACCUUCCAGCCCGAUAUUGAGAGUGCUAAAUGGAUCGGCUACCAGAUCUUGUUUGGUCUCGGCACCGGCGCUGGGGUCCAGCAGUCCAUUGUUGGGGUUCAGGUCGCCCUCGACCCCUCCGACGUCCCCUACGGCACGUCUGCCAUCAUCUUAGUGAACACUGUUGGGGGCUCCAUCUUCAUCAGUGUGGCCCAGAACAUCUUCAUCACCAGGAUUGAACGUCUCACGCAGCUGAUCCCAUCCGUGGACCGUGACACGCUCUUGAAUCGUUUCGGGUUCCUUAGAGAGUCGCUCACACCAGAGCAGCUCACAAUUGCGCUUCGAGAGUACAACAGCGGCAUCAAAAACAUAUUCUUGCUAGUCAUCAUUUUAGCCUGUCUGAGCACCUUUGGCGCCGAGUUCAACUGA